AUGAAGAGAUCUAUUCAGAUGGGAAUUAGAGUGUUUGAAGAUUCUCUUAUAUACUUGAUUUACACAAAGUCACUCACACUUUAUAAAAUUUUUACAGCUAACUUUUCUGAGCAAGUAGUUGAAAGCUUUCCAUCUGAUAUCCCCACUGGUAUAUACUAUGGAUGGGCCUGUGUUGGAAAUGGAGAUGUGCAUAAAAUGGUUUUGAGCAUAGGAUGGAAUCCCUUCUAUAAGAAUAUUAAGAAAUCAGUGGAAACACACAUUAUCCACACCUUCAAAGAAGACUUCUAUGGAGAAAUUCUUAGUAUAGUCAUAACUGGAUACAUUCGACCGGAAAAAAACUUUGAUUCCUUAGAUGCACUCAUUUCAGCAAUUCAGGAAGACAUUGAAGAAGCAAAAAGACAGCUGGAUCUACCAGAACAUCUUAAACUUAAAGAAGAUAACUUUUUUCAUCUGCCAGAAGGCAAAAUAGUAAACAACCGCUGAGAAAACCUAUAAAGCCUUUUUUUCUUUUUCUUUUUUUUUUUUUUAAUUUCCUUUUCUUAUUUUCUCUCCUGAGCUUUUGUAUUUGCACUGCUCUCAUAGAUACUUUUGUGUCAUAUGUCUGUUUGGUGACUGAGAUCAGAACCAACCAUACAAGAUGAUUUCAGUUUUCUUUUCAGUCAUCAUUAGACCAGUCACACAAAAGAACUAGAAGAUUGUUAUAGGUAGAUAUAUAGAUAGAUAGAUAGAUACUAUAGAUUGUUGUAGAUAAACUAGGUAUCCUAAAGUUACCAGGUCUUGAGAGAUCUGAGUACAUUUAGAACAUGACCAAAGUUAAUUGUAACCCUGAGUUGUGGUUAGCUCAUUUAAUGAAGAAUGUCUAGUUUUAACAUAAUGUUCUUUCAGCUUCCUUUCCCAUUUUUUGUGUCAUUUUUAGAUCUGGGUUUUAGCUUAGAAAGUGUUGGUAUUGAUUGACUCAGAAAAUCCCUGUGGUUAGAUAUGAUUAGAUAACAACAGCAAGAUUAAUUCCCUAUAGUUCUUGUUUUUUAUAUACGCAGCUGUUGUGAUUGAUGCUGUAACUUUAAUUGAAAUUAUUUAUUUUAAGUUUAUUUGAAGUGGAAGAAAUUGCUGUUGCUCACUUUGUUGCUAGAAUCUGAGCUAUGCUUCUUCACACUUGACUGAACAUAUGAUAACACAUGAUUAGUGUAGUUUAAUUCUGAAGUGUUUCACUUAAUUUCAAAAAAUGAAUGAAAGUGUGAAAGCUGAUAAACUUUAAGGUUCAGGUGUAAAAGAUGCAGAAACAAUGUAACAAGACUUCUGCUCAUUGCACCUUAAAGGAAAAUUGGUAGUGAGACACAAAUUUGCAUUUUGUGUGCUGCUGGUGUUUUUCAUAGGAAAAUCUUGAGGUUUUUUACUGCACGGGUAAUAAAACGUCUGACUUCAAGGUUGGCAUUGUUGUAAGGCACAGAAAAAUCUCAUCAACACUCUGCACUAAGUGCAGGUAAGAGCCAAGGUUUUGGCAGACCAAGUAGAUGAGAAAACAAAUUCAAGUCUUUGGGGAUUUAUUGCAUAAUAUAUCAAUGCUGUAGUGAAUAUUGGUUAUUUUUUACAAGUAGUUGCAGACAGUCUUACUCUGAAAUGUGGGGAUACAAGUGAGGAUUGGACUAGAUGAUCUCUGAAGAUCUCUCACAAUCCUAACUAUUCUGUAAUAGGUAAGUGAGAGGAAUACUGUGAGAGUUGAUGGUAAUUCGAAAAAUGCUUUGAAAAAAGUAUGUAGUAUAUGAUUCAGUAUCUACUUUUCCUCCAUAAAUUUUUCUAUCCCUUGGUGAAUCGAAGUAGGUUUGCUACAGUGACUGUUGCGUUAAUGACUUUUUGACGUCAUCCUGUGAUGAAAUUCAAAGUCCUUAUUUAAAUAUGUCUCAGCUGUGAUUCUUUGUCUGAACUAUGAUGUUUGAUAUGGAACGCACAAUUUCUGUAGUGAAAUUUGAUUAAUUUACUCCUUGUCCUAUCCUAUCCUUUUCACUCUAGAAUUUAAGAGAGUUUUAGCAAGGUAGCUGUUUGGGUGUUUGUGGCAGGUGCUGUCAAGAUGGUAGUUUUCCUUUAAAUUCUAGGCAGUAUUAUGGGCUAUUAUUAGGGAAGAGAUCUUGAGGAAAUCAGGAGAAAACUUGAUUUUGUGUAAAUGAAUUGUUCACCAGUGCUGUUGGUGGCAGAGACAGAAACAAUACAUUUGGGUGAGAGACAUGGGACAAUAUACUUUCUUUUAAAGGCGAAGAGAAAUAAUUUAGUGGGCUUUUUACUAUAUAACAUGUUGGAAACUGUAUUUCUAAAAAGUCUGUAAAAGAAUUGUCUUGCAAAAUUGAUGAUUAGAAUUUUUAAAAGGAGAGAUGAAAGGUAACUUUUUUUUGCUAAGAGUUUAUGUAUUCUUCAGAUUGUAGUAACAUUAAAAUCAUAUAUUUUACUAGUCCUUUUAGAGAAUAAACAGAAGCCACAUUACUCAACAGAGUAUUUUGUCAACGAUAGAUUGUUGUUCAUCAUGGUACUGUAGCUAAACACUCAUAAAGCUGCCUUUAAAAUUGAUUUUUGCGAGUAAUGUCUUGGGUCUGUUGUGAAAACUAUGGUGCCUUAAGCUGGUUCUGAAUAAUGCUUUUCUGUAUCUGCUAAUAAAUGCCACUAUCAAAAAUUCAAUUCACCAUUUGAUUAUAGAGCUGCUGUGAUUGAGAACAGUACCUAACAAAAAACUUGAAAGACUUAGUUUGCUCUCAAAUCCUAGCUGAGGUAUGAUAUAUAAAUACACUGAACUGAGAAACUGCUCUUCAUGUGUUUGUCUUCAAAGAGUGUGUUAGUACAUCCAUUUGGCUGAGUGUACCUGACCAUAUUAUUUAAGAGGAAAUGUUAUACAUCACUCUUUAAGCUCAAUACAUAAUUCAUCGCACAGUAUAAACUUUCUGAAGGCUUAUAUUUUUGUAUUAUGUACAAGUAUUUUGGUUGAUGUUGUUGCACUGUACCAUUA